AUGCCCGAGUUUGGGAUGAGCGAUUCGUCGUACUUUGACGCUCCAGACGUGAGUCUGGAGCACGCGACUUUUCCCCAUCUCACUGGUGUUGAGUGGGAUGCCCCAAAUCGCCUCGCGGCGAUAUCUGGAGAGGCAUUCGUUGUGUCGCUGAUGAGAUCAGCGACUCCUGAUGGACAGCGUCUCGCCAUACACGACUACAUGGCUCGCGAGCUCGCCGAAUCCCAUCGGCGAGGUUUAACUCCCUCGCGGACUUCACGGAACGAUGCCGUGAAGAUGGAGACCUCCGCCUAUUCUGGCGAAGGAAAAGAACGCUUGUCGUUGUCUCGUUGGUUUCGAGAGGUCGACAUCGCUAUCGCCUCAAGACUUCUCGAGGCUCCUCAAGCGAAGGUCAAUUUCCUUCUUUCCCGUCUCACUGGGAAAUCCAAGGAGUGGGCCUUGGGAAAACUCGUUGUUGACGAGUUUGCGUUCCCCACUCUGGAAGCCAUCCAGAGUGACCUUCGACUCGCCUUCGAGCCGCCCAGGAAGAGAAGUUGGUGCGUUCAAGGUUCCUGUCCCUGCGACAGGACUCGCCUCUCGCUGGAACGAGCAGAGCCUGCCACGUUGGAGGAGGCUUUCGCUAUCGCUUUCCGUGAGGACUUCAGAGUCACCAAGGCCUAUACCAAGCCUUCAGUUGUUACCGCUGUCAGAUCAGCGGGCCCGGAACCUAUGGAGAUCGAUGCAAUUGAGUCGUCGGGUGACCGACGACGCUCUACAGCCUACAAGGGCGACGUUCGAGGCGGACGUCAGAUGAUCUGCUUUCGAUGCCGAAAGCCGGGACAUCGCGCGGCUGAAUGCCGCGCGCCAGCACCGAUGUCGGUGCGUGCGACGGACACCCAUCAUGAGGGAGGUGCUCCGAUCAGUCGUCCAAAAAAUGGACGAGACCAGUAG